GCCUCCCAGCCUCCAGCGAUCGCUGGUGCAAGUUGCCCAAAGGCUACGUCCCGGUCCCCUCUCUCCCCAGCUCCUUCCGGCCUCCCCGAGAUGCCAGCCUUUGGGCCCUGGUGGCCCCCCAGCUCGAACCCCCAGCCCGUCUUUCUCAGGGCUGGGCUCAUCGGCAGCCAUUCGGCGCCUGCUUAAUAAAUGGGCACGGGAAACUUUGUCAGGACGCGAGCUGCCCGGAGCUGGCGCCCGUGGUGGGUACAGGCUGGGUCCACGUUUAUGCGGGCAUGGCAAACACGCAGCUCCAGGAUGGGAGUUUGCCCGCUGGCCGCCGUUAUCGAUUGGGCAGCGGCGGGAGCACGGCCGGAGGAAACUUACACGGGUGGAAAUCGCUAGGCUCGAGCGAAAGCCCACCCCCGAGGAGGGGGAAGGUGAAAGAACUUGUCCUGGACAACAGUCGGUCGAAUGAAGGCAAACUCGAAGGCCUCACAGAUGAAUUUGAAGAACUGGAAUUCUUAAGUACAAUCAACGUAGGCCUCACCUCAAUUGCAAACUUACCAAAGUUAAACAAACUUAAGAAGCUUGAACUAAGCGAUAACAGAGUCUCAGGGGGCCUGGAAGUAUUGGCAGAAAAGUGUCCGAACCUCACGCAUCUAAAUUUAAGUGGCAACAAAAUUAAAGACCUCAGCACAAUAGAGCCACUGAAAAAGUUAGAAAACCUCAAGAGCUUAGACCUUUUCAAUUGCGAGGUAACCAACCUGAACGACUACCGAGAAAACGUGUUCAAGCUCCUCCCGCAACUCACAUAUCUCGACGGCUAUGACCGGGACGACAAGGAGGCCCCUGACUCGGAUGCUGAGGGCUACGUGGAGGGCCUGGAUGAUGAGGAGGAGGAUGAGGAUGAGGAGGAAUAUGAUGAAGAUGCUCAGGUAGUGGAAGACGAGGAGGAUGAGGAUGAGGAGGAGGAAGGUGAAGAGGAGGACGUGAGCGGAGAGGAGGAGGAGGAUGAAGAAGGUUAUAAUGAUGGAGAGGUAGAUGACGAGGAAGAUGAAGAAGAGCUUGGUGAAGAAGAAAGGGGUCAGAAGCGAAAACGAGAACCUGAAGAUGAGGGAGAAGAUGACGACUAAGUGGAAUAACCUAUUUUGAAAAAUUCCUAUUGUGAUUUGACUGUUUUUACCCAUAUCCCCUCCCCCCUCCAAUCCUGCCCCCUGAAACUUAUUUUUUUCUGAUUGUAACGUUGCUGUGGGAACGAGAGGGAAAAGUGUACUGGGGGUUGUGGGGGGAGGGGGGGCGGGAAGGGGGUGGAAUAAAAUACUAUUUUUACUGCCACUCUUUAUUUUUUCCCCCUACUUUUUCUUUGUGUCCGGUUUUUGUCCCUGUAAAUGCGAUAGCUAAGUACACACUAAGUGAGCAUUUGUUCCUGACUCUCCAAGAGGAUGGUUUGGAGUUCUCUUAUGUCUCCUGGUAUUUCCCAAGUCUCUUGGGUUGGGUGGAAGGCCAUGGCUGGUCUCAGUUGGGUUACUCAACGCCGAGGAGGGGCUGAGCCCCAGCCAUAAUCUUUUGCUUUGGUUCAUAUGAUACCUGCUUUUCUCGGGCCUGCUAGAGGCAUCCAACGCCCUGGUUUGUAAAUAGCAACCUAAAGGCGUAUUUUGGCACUGGUUUGGGGACAUUCCCCAUCUCUCAUCCCUUUUCCCCUUCACAGAUGGUGGUGGGCUUCGCUCUGCAAAGAGAACUCUGAUGUGACUCUUGAGAGCUUAUGAGCCAGAGAGCUGAAAACGGCAGGCUUGUGAGUUACAAGGAAAAUGGAUUUAUUUGGUAAUUAUAAUUAAAAGAGGAGAAACAAACCCUCAAACUUCAACUUCUUUAAAAGAAAAAAAAAAAAAACUGUCCUAUCUUGUUCUGUAAAAUAUUAGAACGCUUUGUUUUACAAAAAUGAUGAGAGAAUUCUUCCACAUGUACUUCUGUGCUUAGAAAAUUUUUACAGACCUAAGCGCUGGAGACGUUGCUGCAUGUCGGCUGGGUUUUUUUUUCAUACACCCGAGCACGGAAAAACUAACGCAAAAUUGUAUUUUCUUACCUAGUGGAAAUCUGAAAUGACUGCAAAUUCCUAGUGAAUGUACAGGUUUGCUUUUGUGUCCCUCUUCUGGUUGCUUUAGAAGUGACGUGUAAUUUCUGAACCCAUGUUUCAUCUGUAUAAAAGAACAUCUGCACCAGUUUUUCUCCUGCCCCUCAGAAGAGCCAAACUUUGAGUUUUAUGUCUGUUUGUCAUUGAUAAAUUUCAAUAAAUCUUUUUAUACAAUUUU